AUGCCGAGUAAGUACGUGUACUACUACCGUUGUCCUCAGCAUCGCAACAAUUAUGUUCUUUCUUUCGCUUUUGCGUUCGAUCGUGAAGAUGAUGUCUACCAGUUUGCUUUCAGCUACCCUUACUCUUAUUCUAGACUUCAAAAGUAUCUCGAGUUACGACAAACCCAGUUUCCGGAAAUAUUCAAAAGGGAGACAAUUGGCCAAUCUGUGCAAGAAAGGCGCUUGGAAUUUGUCACCAUUAAAGAAGAGGUACCGGAAGCGGAAGCCCGAAGCCAGCGGAAAUUGGUUUUUGUUACUGCUAGGGUACAUCCUGGAGAGUCUCCUGCUUCCUAUGUUUGUCAAGGAUUGAUGGACUACCUCGUGAGUAACACACCAAUAGCUCGCUGUCUCAGGCGAAAUCUUGUUUUUAAAUUUAUUCCAAUGCUGAACCCAGAUGGCGUUUUUGUCGGUAAUUACAGGACCUCUCUGCUGGGAGCUGACCUAAACCGAUGCUGGCAAGACCCAUCUCCUCUUGCUCAUCCAACAUUACAUGCCACAAAAAAGUUAUUGGAAACUCUAGCUAGCAAUAAGGAAGAUGACCUAUCCCUCUAUUUGGAUCUCCAUGCACAUACAGGUUUGUUGGGGACAUUUGUUUAUGGCAACUCUUACGAUGACGUCUAUCGUUUUGAACACCAUGCUUUAUUCCCUAAACACCUUAGCAAUUGUGCAGAAGACUUUUCAUCGGAAAGUACUGUCUACAAUAGAGAUCCAGGCAAAUCUGGCACAUCCAGAAGGUCCCUGACAUCUCUUCUUCCUGACAAAGUCAACUGCUACACAUUAGAAGUUAGCUUCUACGGAUAUCCGAAGCACGGAAGUGCUAAGAACAUUAUUCCGUAUUUAGAGGAAGAUUACUUGCGUCUAGGUGAGAGUAUUUGUCGUGCUAUAUUGGAUUAUUAUAACGCCACAGGAUUCAUCCCAUCUUCUGACAUGCCUGCCGGAACAUCAGCAGCAGCGUCAUCUCGGGGUGAGAAAAAUAAAGGGAAGCGUGAAAGCAGGUUGGGAACAAGAGUGCCUCCUGGUAGUCAUUAUUCUAGCAAGAGACUGCCCCAAGGAAGAGCUAAAAUGCCUUCAUCAUCUACAUCUACAAGGAGCACCGCUAGAGCAAAUUCAAAUAAUUAAUAGACACAUUUCUGUUUCAUUUUUUUAAGAAAUCGCUUUAAUGAAUUACUUUUAUAUAUAUUUACUGUAAAAAUACACGCUUUUGCACAGCGAAAUUUAGGACGACAUGUAAGAUAAUAAUAAUAUUAUUAUAAUACACUUCUGUAUUUGAUGCAAUUGCUACAUUGGCAAAUGAAGCUAGAACAAUUAAUAAUUUUCACAUAUGAGUGUGCUUUUUUCAAGGGGUAUAACUAUUAAGUUAUUACAUUGCAAUUUUUUGUCUGUAUGUUCCGAGGAACAUUUCAAAGAACUACUUGAUUUAAUUAUGGGCGUGUGAUUUAUUUUAGUUAAUCAUAUGUAACAGUUUAUACCUUAAACUUGCAGCUUUUCGUAUGGGUGUAAUAAAAUAUUCAAAAUGGGCUUUAACUGUUAGUAUAUGAUAAAACCAAUAAAAACAUAAUGCUAAACAAUUCAAACGAGCUGUUCAUUAGGUAUUAUGCUAGUAACAACUGUAAAAAUACGACGCUCAUUAGAAGCCGCAAACUUAUUCCAUUAAUAUUUUCAUAGGUCCGAUUUAAAUAAUAAAUAGUGUCGCCACCUUGUAGCCAACAUUGACAUAUUGAUACAAGAAAUUACGUAACGGUAUUUCUGUCUUUAACGUUUCGACCUUAUAUUGAUUAAAAAUUUUCUUUGUUCUACAACUUGAUCAACUCGAAACUUUGAGCUGAUCAGUUACUUCUCUUUAAUGAAAAAUA